UUGUCUUUCCAGAUGUGUGUGAUGCGGCAGUGAUGACACAGCAAGUGCUUGUGCUGUAACCAUUGGGCACCAGUGACGCAAAUUAUGACGCAGUGAGGGAGGAAAGGCUUAUCCGUAUGGCUGUUCAUGCCAUGCAUCACAGGCAUAGUGAAGCAAGCAGCGGAGCAGUAAUGACGCAAUUGAGUUGUGAAUAGAGAGUGAGGUGGUUGUGAUGUGGUGGUGACCCCCGAGGGGACCCGAGGGAGGACCUUCACCAUCACCACUGCCACCCAGAGUGCCUCUUACUCCCCCUCCUCUCCAGGGUGAUGCCUAGGUGACCCCAGGUGACCCCACGGAGGACCUACAGUGCCGCACGCUCCCCCAGGGUGAUGGCGGCGCCCGUAGUGAGGUGGUGAUGGUGAGAAUGGUGACACGCAUCCGCCUAUAGUGCAGCAGGGUCGUCGAGGAUGUCGUGGCUGGGAAGCGACGACCCCGGGGGCGGCGGGUUCGGCUACGACUACCCCUGGUGGGCGGCGGAAGAGGGCCACCGGACCCGAAGUAACCAGACCUGGGAGCAACGCUGUCGGGCCCUCGACUACGACUACCACGUCGUCACGGCCGUCAUCUGCGGCAUGUUCCUCGUCUUCGGCGUCGUCUACAGCCUCUUCGGUUACCGAUGCUUCAAGGCUGUUAUGUUUCUCACUGGCUUUAUCUUCGCGUCCGUGGUAGUGUACUUGAUCUGCUUAAGCGAGGACCUGCUACCCCUGGUGGGGAACGCCGGCGUUGCCCUGGGAGCAGGUGUCAUGUUUGGGCUCAUCACCAUGCUGGUUCAGUACGUGGGGCUCUUCAUGACCGGAUUACACACUGGCCUUUUCCUUGGAGUGGCUGGCAUUGCCAUAGCCUAUAAUUGGUGGGUCCCCAGCAGUGUAUGGCCAGUGGUAGGUAUACUCCUGGCGGCAGGAUUGUUACUGGCCAUCAUGACGCUGUAUUUCCAGAAAGGGCUCACUAUCCUUGGUACAGCUAUUAGUGGAGGAGCCAUCAUGUCUGCCACUCUUGACUAUUUUAUUGAGAAGUUCUUAAUGGUUCACUGGUUUGAAGACCGAUUGAAGGCAGUGGAUAGUGAACGUCCAUGUUGGUUUUCAUGGAUGAUUUUAGGAGUUUGGCCUUUUAUGGUGGUGGUGGGAAGCCUUACACAGUGGAGGAUCACAGGGAGAGGCAUCUAUCAUCAGCAGUUGGUGCCCUCCAAAAAAUCUCGAAGUGUGAACCUCCAGCGAAUGCGGAGUCGAGAGGCCAGGGCUGAGAUGCGCCAGAAGAAAUACCGGUAUUUGUAUCAAGUUCGUACUGCUCACGGGGACAUCAUCAGCCAGGAGUAUAUUCAAAGUCUUCAGCGCAAGGCCUACCCAACUGGUGACAAUGGAACACUCCAAUCAGAUUCUACUCACACCACCAUGCUACCCCCAGAACACUCACAGUUGGCUCCACUUACUGAAAGUGAGGACGAAACGGGAGGCUCACAGCCACCUCCCACCCCACCCGAGCCCCCAAGAUUCACGCGGGUCACUAUGCAUUAGCCCAUGACUUGAAAAUAUGCAUUAUAAAAUUAAGACAAAGAGACUUCCAGUCAAUAAUAUACAGUAACUAAAAUCCAAGAUUUUAGUCAAGAUUUAGUGACAAAUGUUCCUCACUACAUGUACAGAAUGUAAGCCGUGAAACUUUCUACAUACAUUAAAGCAUGUAUAUCUGUUCAGUGAAAAUACUAAUAAACAAUUGUAUAAUCCUGAACUUUAAUUGUGAUACUAUAUAGCAAGUGUGUGUGUGUGUGUGUGUGUGUGUGUGUGUGUGUGUGUGUGUGUGUGUGCGCGCACGCGCGCAUGCGUGGUGUGUGUGUGUGUGUGUGUAAGCAAUCCAGUUUCCAGAGCAGUUUUGUCUUCACCUGCCUGCAGGAGCAGGGCUUGGCUGUAGUUUGCAGGCAACAUAUAUGUACCUCUUGUUGUGGGACUUUAGUAUAUAGCUUAAAGUUUUUCAACAUAGAUACUAGUUGAUCUGGAAUGAAUGAGGCUAUGACCAUUAUUUCACUGGCCAGUAUUCAUCAAUCACUUGUGUGUCCAUCGACGAAAUCUGUACAUCUUCCUCAGUCAUUACGGCUUAGUCUGUAUUCGUUGAACUAUUUAGAAGCUCUGAAAAUUCAAAACCUAAGAUUUUGUAAUUUGGAAUUAUGGACACUCUCAUAGAGCUUCAGAUAUUCAUAAAACAGUUUAAUAAAUGUAAACAACACUGCCAUGAUCGAGGAAUGAUGUACCAUUUUUGUAAGUGGUCACCAAUUCUUGAUGAUUCCUGGACAAGUUCUCCAAUAUGGAGGAUUUGAAGUUUUCAGAACAGUGGUCAUGUGUUGUCUUUUUAUAUUUUUUCCAUUAAGUUUCAUUGCAACUAGUCUUGUAAUUUUGAGUUGGCAUAUGGUAUAUCAAUAUUUGCAGGGUUUGUUAAUAUCUAAUUUAAAGUUCUGACUAAGUACAGUAUUGAAUAUAUUUUCAACAAUCUACAAUACUGUAAAAUAUUUAUCUUCAUUGGGGUUUUAGUAAAUACUGUAUUGUUCAUUGGGUGAAAUUCUCAUAGUCAAUCAUCAGUGCUUGACUGCAGUAGUCACUCAGUGCAUGAUAUAGUAAAAAAGUCAAAUAGAAAUGUCAAGAAUUACAAGCUGAAUAUUUCAAACUCCAUAAACAUUGUUUUCAUUUGUGGAAUUAGACCCGUGUCCAUCUCUUCCACAAAAUAUGACUUAAGUUACUUGACCUUAAACAGGAACUAGCUCAAAGUUGUUAUCAGUGCUGAUUCCAGAGGCUCAAAUAGCAGGGAGAAUAUAAUUGCACAGCACAAUUAUGCCACAUGUCUUUCUGUAAUAUGUAACAGGAGUUGUUGAUUGCAUUGUAAAAGACUUUACUUUGCCACAUCAUAACAGCAGGCAUUACUCAAGGCUUUAAGCUAUCAGUAUAUUUUCUUCCAAGCAUGCCUGUUUCAAUUAAUAUUAUGUUGCACAGUGAGUUCACCAGAACAUGAUACAGCUGCGAGAAAAUAUUGAAGCCGUACAAUGGGAUAAACUAUCGUGCCUAAAAUCCUUAGGUAAACGGUGAACCGAUUGGACUAUGAUGGGCCUAAAAGUAACUGGUCAAGAAGGUGUUAAGCCCAUCAUGGUCUAAUCAGUAGGGAAUAUGCCCGAGGAUGCCAGGGCCAGGAUUCACCAAGUAUUUACACAAAAACUUUUCAAAACCUGUACAUCUUUUAGUAGUUAGCCUCUUUUUCGACUCUCAAUUGGGGAUCCCGAGAUCAAUGACCAGGUGGGGCAGAAAUGGUUGAGCAUGUUACCUUUUAUCUAGCACUAAAAUAGGUACUGGGGAGUUAAGCAACUGUUGUGGGGUUGCACCCUGGGGAAGGUCAGCAGUUUGUGUGAGGAACCUUGAUAAAAGUCUUAAAGUGUAAAAGUGUAUACUGUAUAUAUACACAGUACACACAUGCUUCCUGUCCUCAACAAGUAAGUAAUUGCACUACACAUCACAACUAGGGGUUAUUUUUAGGCCUAUCAUAAAAUAUCAAAUUCCCAUGCAUGCACAGGGUGCAUACGUGGUGUAGUGGUAAGACACUCGCCUGGCGUUCCGCGAGCGCUAUGUCAUGGGUUCGUAUCCUGGUCGGGGAGGAUUUACUGGGCGCAAUUCCUUAACUGUAGCCUCUGUUUAA